AUGGUCUUCCGCUUCGCAAAAACCCUCGACCCCAUAACCCUCUUCCACGCCCCCAACCUCUCCAGCAGCAAAUCCGCCCUCAGCAUCCUCCAACGCGCAUCCACAACAGCAGCAAGCACGACAGGUACCCCCCGCGGCGAAUUCCAGCUGGAGGUGAGCACUGCGCCGCCGACGAACGACCAGUUGCGGAAUAUUCUCGAGUAUGUAUCUGGAAGUAACACGGGGAGCGGAGCCGGGAUUGGCAAGGUGUAUGGUGUGGGUGAGGUGGUGAGGGGGGCGAGGGAUGCGGAGGAUGCGGUUAAGAAGUUUAAGGCGGAUCCGGAGGGGACUUUUGUUCGUCCGAUUACAGUCGACUGGACGAAAGGACAGGCUGUGAUUGGGGAUAACGAGUCGGAGAUUCUCAAAAUGGUGCAGGAAUUGGAGUGA